UAUUGCUGCUUUCUAUUACACCAGGAUUUACUGAGAAACUCUUGAGUUUAAUUCCAAGACAUCUGGGAUAAAGAUACAGGAGACAUUUCUUUUGUGACAUCACGGAUGGAGCAGUUACUAUUUGCCGGAGUUUACAUCCUACACGUCGGGAUUGUUCACUGAUUGUACAAAACACAUUCUGCAUUUUUACAUGCGCUACUAAUUCUUACAUGACUUCUGACUGCGUUUUUAUACAUAAAAACUUGUUGAGCUAAUUGGCUUUUUACUGCUCAACGGCGGCACCCAAGAAUAUAUCAAUUUGUACCAAGAAUUCUGCGGAGUUCCAAGAAAGUGAUUUUGGACACAUCUCUCCUGUGACAUCAUGGAUGGAAACGGAUCAAAUUUAUCAUCAUUUACUCAAAACCAAGAGACAGCUUUCACCGAUUGUGAAGACGCGUUCUGCAUUUUUACAUUUGUUCUUUACUUCCUUACAAUAGCUCUGAUCAUGGUUCUGAAUCCAGUGUGCCUCGUGGUUUUACGUCAUGUCAGAGGCAUCCAAGAGACAACUAAACUGUUCAUGAUGUCCCUCACACUGUCUGAUCUCUGCGCCGGGAUUUUCUUUGGAAUUCCUCAUUUGUAUUAUUUCAUAUCCACUUCAUGGAUAGUAAGUGAUUCUUUCUGUAAGAUCUCACCAUAUUUAGUGACAGCAUUGGUCACAGUAAAUGCGUUAUCAAUGGUUUCAUUGACAAUUGAUCGAUUCUUAGCCAUCGCCUACCCACUGCAUUAUCCGAGGCUGAUGACACUAAAAAGGUCAAAGGUCAUGAUCGCACUGCUUUGGAGUUUGACCAUAAUACUCCACUCUGCCUUGUAUUGCCUUCCAAGUUCACAGUCUGAAACAGUGAAGGAAAAACAUGCAAUUCUUUGUGCGACCCAUAAUAUGACUCAGUUUUUUACCUCUUCAAUUGCUGGAGUAUCACUAGGAACAAUCUUGAUACUUUAUGCGUACAUUCUGAAAGUUGCUCGACGUCAAGCACGACUCAUCGCCGCUCAGAAUAUCCUCGGUAACAUUGAAGGGAGACAGAAUAUUCCAGGGUCAAUCAGUACAAAGUCUGCUACCACUGUCAUCAUUAUAACAGGCACUGCUUGCCUCUGCUGGAUACCUGGAAUUAUCACAUCAUCAUUGGCGUCGCAAGAUUUCAAAGUAUCCUUAAGUGUUCAGAUAAUUACCACUACUCUAUACAGCAGCAACUGUUGGUUGAAUUGCAUCAUCUACUACUGGAGGAACAGGGAGUUUAAGCAAGCACUGCACAAUCUUAGAUCAUCAUGUUGUCACUGACUGUUUAAGACAAGACAACACUUCAUCUAGCAUAAGUGAUGAGAUCCUAUAGCCACUGUAUCAGUUUGUAAUUUUGCUGAAAAGAUCAAGCUUUUGUUCGUUUGCUGUUUGUUUUCUUUCAUUUCAAUUCAGUACAAUUCAGAUCAAUAAUACGUUUAUUCCAUACUCUUGU